AAUAUUUUCAAAUACAAUAGCUUUGACCGGACAAAAUAUUGAUAAUCCAAAUGAAAAUCAAUAUCUUUUUGUUGUAUCUAUUGUACAAGUAAAUACCCGCAACAAUUCUUUAAUAAAGAAAACGUGUAUGGGAACACUUGUCAGCUAUAGCGAUGUUUUAACGUCUGAACAUUGUUUAGAAGGUGAAAGUUUGCCUCAUACUGCAAUAAUCGCUGGCUCGAUUGACUUUCGAUUAGGUAUAAAAUAUCAUUUCCUCUGGUGGAUUACGUAUGCAUCGUGGUGUACGGAAAUGAAAAAACAACUGGAAUUUGAUUCAAAUGAUAUUGCUAUGAUAAGGUUACUUUCAACUAUGCCUAAUAAUAUUAUUCCUGUGCCCAUUACACAAGAACCAAAUUCACAUUUUUACGCGGAACAAGCAACAAUAAUAACUUGGUCUUCUCAAUGUUCUUCGGUAUCUCCAACUAUUAUGGAUUUAGCGAAGGUGUGGGUUUUAAAGCAAAAAGACUGUGAUAAACAGUAUAGUGUACUUUUUAAAACAAAAAUGAAAAUGCAUCCGAGAUUUUUGUGCACACGUGCAAAACCGUAUAUAUUAUUGGAAUGUGGUGACAGUGGAAGUCCGCUAUUGUAUCGGGAUACUCUUAUCGCCGUUAAUGUUGGAUUAUGUCCUCCUAUAGGUGAUGUUCCUUCUGGAAAAAAAAUUAAUAUUCAUAUUGGUAUUGAAUAUUAUAAAAAUUUUAUUUAUUCCUUAAUUUCAAAGCCAUAA